GGUAGCUUUCCAUGCUGGUUCAAUUACACGUCCAUGCUGCAACAGAAUCCUGUCUUCGAAUAUAGAUGUCAAAGGAUUUUCUAAAGAAAAAACAAAAGUCAAAAGCCUCAAAUUUUGCUAUUUGUUUCCUUGAUUUAGUCCGUUUUUAUUAUUUAUAUAUUUAUAUAUUUAGUUAGACGUCGCGUAACAAUCGCAAAGGAGUCAGCACAACCGGUUUUCUAAUUAGUGGCAAUUGAUCUGAGAUGGAAGUAAGAUGUCGUCCGGUGGUGAUGUGCGGUACUCUUGCGAUUCUCUGUUCAAUCUUCUGCUGUGUGGAAGCCUCAGACAGGCAGUACCUCAACGAAUGGGCGGUCGAGAUUCCUGGAGGACUCGCGGCUGCCCGAGCAAUCGCCAGCGAGCUAGACUACGAAUUAGUCAGACAGAUUGGGUCGCUAGAAAACCAUUAUUUGUUCAAACAUCGCAGUCAUCCUAGCAGGGCCAAAAGGAGCGCAGAUCAUAUCACCAAAAGGCUGUCAGAAGAUGGCAGGGUGUCUUGGGCAGAGCAACAAUAUGAAAAGAGGCGGAGCAAACGUGCUCCCCUUGUGGGAGAAUGUAAAGACUGCUCUGUGGACAAACUCUUUGAUGAUCCUAUGUGGAACCAGCAGUGGUACUUGCAAGACACACGGACGUCAUCGUCUCUGCCAAAGCUGGACCUCCAUGUGAUCCCUGUGUGGAAGAAAGGCAUUACAGGCAAAGGCGUGGUCAUCACCGUUCUGGACGAUGGCCUGGAGUGGAACCACACAGACAUCUACCCCAAUUACGAUCCUGCAGCCAGUUAUGAUUUCAACGACAACGAUCCAGAUCCUUUUCCUAGAUAUGACUCCACUAAUGAGAACAAACAUGGCACAAGGUGUGCAGGCGAGAUCGCCAUGCAGGCUGAUAACAACAAAUGUGGAGUCGGAGUGGCUUACAACUCCAAGGUUGGAGGAAUCCGAAUGCUAGAUGGUAUUGUUACAGAUGCCAUUGAGGCAAGUUCUAUAGGGUUUAACCCAGACCACAUCGACAUCUACAGUGCCAGCUGGGGGCCUAACGAUGAUGGGAAAACAGUGGAAGGCCCUGGGCGUCUGGCUCAGAAAGCCUUUGAGUACAGUAUUCAGAAGGGCCGUGGUGGAAAGGGCUCCAUCUUUGUGUGGGCAUCAGGGAACGGCGGACGUCAGGGAGAUAACUGCGACUGCGAUGGCUACACGGACAGCAUCUACACCAUCUCCAUCAGCAGCGCGUCGCAGCAGGGCCUCUCGCCCUGGUAUGCCGAAAAAUGCUCCUCCACCCUCGCUACUGCCUACAGCAGCGGAGACUACACCGACCAGAGGAUCACUAGUGCUGACUUGCACAACGAAUGCACAGAGACACACACUGGAACAUCGGCCUCUGCUCCGCUGGCAGCUGGGAUAUUUGCGUUGGCUUUGGAACAGAAUCCUGACCUAACCUGGAGGGACCUACAGCACUUGGUGGUGUGGACGUCUGAAUUUGACCCUCUGGCCAGCAACCCUGGCUGGAAGCGGAACGGCGCUGGACUCAUGGUUAACAGCCGCUUUGGCUUUGGCCUGCUCAACGCCAAAGCCCUCGUGGACCUGGCUGACCCCAAAGUGUGGAGACAUGUGCCUGAGAAGAAGCAGUGCAUUGUGAGAGACGAUGCCUUCCAGCCCAGGCCUCUGAAAGCAGCAGGUGAGAUCAGCAUCGAGAUCCCCACUAAGGCCUGUGCUGGGCAGGCCAACUCCAUUGUCUCACUGGAGCAUGUGCAGGUGGAGGGCAGCAUCGACUAUACCCGGAGAGGAGACCUCCACAUCACACUCACAUCUCCAUCAGGUACCACUACGGUGCUGCUGGCAGAGAGAGAGAGAGACACAUCCACUAAUGGCUUCAGGAACUGGGACUUUAUGUCUGUGCACACCUGGGGAGAGAACCCCACUGGCACUUGGACCCUGAAGAUCACUGAUACUUCGGGGCGGAUGGAGAAUAAGGGAGAGAUAUUGAGUUGGAAGCUUAUUCUACACGGGACGUCUGAGAAGCCAGAGCACAUGAAAAUGCCGAGAGUGUACACGUCCUACAACGCUGUGCAGAACGACCGCAGGGGUGUGGAACACAUGGAGGACAUGAUGGAGAAGGCCUAUGUCCCUCCCAGAAAAGCAGAGAAACCCCAUCCACCAGGUCCAGUUGCUGCCUCCUCUCCUGCCCUGGCUCCUGCCCCAGCGGAGAAGUUUGCUGCGGCCCAGCCUAACAUUGCCCUACUGCGGCUCCUGCAGUCAGCCUUCAACAGGCAGAGCCCCGGCGUCUAUCCCCGGCCUGCGGCGCCCCCUGGCCGGUCUGGGCCGCGUGCCAGAAUCCCUCAGCAGAAGCUGUACGAGGCUCUGGACCGGCUCAACCAGGACGCGGGCCAGGAGAACGACUUGUACAGCGACUACAGCGACAGCUUCUACAGAGACCGGGCCUACCGGCACAGAGACGACCGGCUUCUGCAGGCGCUGUUUGACAUGCUCGAAGGAGAACUGCAGUGA